UGCUUGUUGGCCCGUGGUCUUAUCAUGGAUGGGCGCGAUAGUUGUGACGACGCUCUACAUGACGUUGACGACGAUGCAAUCUCAGCUCAGCUUCGGCACUAUCUGCGGUUUGAACGCUGUGACUGGGAGAAGGACGACCGUGAAGUUGCGAAGCUUGUGGACGAGCUUUCACAGUGUCUGUUGGAUCCAUUCACUGCCUUGCCUCCACCACCAACUGCGCCAGCGGCGACUGAGGCAGAAUUGCUUGCUGAGCGCGAGCGACGAGCUGAAGCAGUGGAGUCCAAAUGGUCAUCGACGCUAGCGCGCUUUGAGGCGACGCAGUCCAAGGUUCAAGACAAAAUCACAAAGCACAGGGAAUUUCUAGCCCAAGAGGCCGAAAAAGAUUUGCGCUUCAAGCCCGCAAUUGAUCGCAAGAGCCGUCGAAUUGCGCACGAGUUUCCAACCUUUCUAGAGCGUCAAGCCUCUGCAGUCGCGUGGCGCGACAAGCACAUGACGGAUGAGCGCGAGCAAAAGUUUCUUGAGGAAGACCAAGCGGUGACGACAAGACCCAACUUGUGUCUCUGUGGCCAGCCCACUAAACACUCUCCUCUUUGCCAGCAGUUUCUUUCGCUGUGUAUACGUGCAAAUGCGCACCUUCCAAUUCAGCGCAAGACGCAUGCGAUGAAGCGCAGUGUCGACGACAUGCUGGCCUACGCGCGCGCCAAGCAUGAGCGUCAGGUUGAGCGUUCCCUCGCAGCUCACGAGAAGGAAGCUGCGAACGCACCGUUCACACCGACGCUCAAUCCGCGCUCGAUUAAGAUUUACGAAGCGAUGGUGCAAGCAGGCAAAAAAACAGUCCGACCGCGAAGCCACGACGAGGGACCAAGGGCCAAUGGCAGCUUUCGACCCGAAAUCAACCCGAAAUCGCGAGCGCUCGUCGCAGCGCUGACCGAGACGCAAACGGUCUUUGAGCGCCUCGAAGCCCACGCGGACGCGCGCCAAUUGAAGCUCGCGGAGGCCAACGUGGCGCGCAUAGACGCGCACAUUCGGCAUGUGAAAGCGAUCGGGAAGGAUGACUUGCAGCUCCAGCGCAUCCUUCAGCACCUUUCCCCCAAGGGAAAGGGUUCAGCUCCGCCAGUAACAAGAGUGGUCGUAGGAAGCUCGGACGGGUUCAUUAUGGACAACUUUACGUCAGACACGGCGCAGCCGCAGCUGCUCGGGCAAACCAAGACCGAAACUGGCCUCUUUAAAGGCGCUAGCUACGACACACCUGGAACGCUCAAGAAGAGUCGCAUUGGCACUCGAACCUAGAUGUCAAGUGGUACUACUUAAAAUCGAUAACGUAAGUACCAAGGCCA